AGAUUAGAAAUGAUAAUGCGACGUACAAGAGGUGGGGAAUCCCCCACACCGACACCACCCACCACCGAGGAUAGCUCACCAUCAACAUCUAGUGGCCACACACCAGCUAUUACACCUGACCACUCGAUGUCACCAUGCACCAACGAUACGUCAACAGGCGAGGACAGGGUUCCACGCUUCACUAAACACGCCGAACCCAGCGACGCUGACAUAGAAAUCAUAAAUCUUCCUGAAACCAACUCACCCGUAACAAAUGGCACUCACCCCGAGGAAACCCCCCAUGAACCCACCGAGGCGUUCAAUGAGGGGUUACUAGGGGAUUCCCGGGCUGGAUGUUUCAACCAAUCACGCGACGAGUUUAAUUCGUUCGAAGAAACUUUAUCGGCGCAUUGAAUUACAUGAAGAUUGAUGAACCGAAGAUAAUUCAAUCCAUACAAAACCUGUACACAAAUAUUUAUGCAAAAUAUAUAGUGGGGGGUAACCCAACUAUGGUGUUAUUAUUCAAUUUUAAUUUCUUGUUUCGUUUUUUUUACGAGACUUUUACAACGAUGAAGCUUGGGGGCAAGAUGGCCACGUGGUCACAUAUUUUAUUUUCAUUGUUUCGUAACAAUCAGUUUAUUACGUCACAGCUGCCGUCACGCUUUAGUUACUUUGUCACGUGUUCCGUCUUCCCGUGUAGUUAUCUUGGUGACGCAGCAAAUUAUUCGAUUACAUCAUCAAUUAUGAAAUAUGACGUCUUUCAUAAUGAUGUCACAGUGUUCAAUAAAAGCACAUUUUACGUAAA